AUGGCAGCAGCGGGUGCCCAGGGAAAGGAGUCCACGAAAGUCAUCGCCACGAAGGUAAGCGGAUCUGUCAAGUGGUACAACGUGAAGCGCGGGUACGGCUUCAUCAGAAGGCACGACACCCAGGAAGAGGUGUUCGUUCACCACUCGGCCAUCGCCCGGAGCGGCCCUCGCAGGUACCAGCGCGGCGUGGACAACGGGGAGGCUGUCGAGUUCGACGUGGUGCAGGGCGAGCGCGGCACCGAAGCCGCCAACGUGACCGGGCCAGCCGGCGCCCCGGUGAAGGGCAGCCGCUUCCACCCUGGCUUCUACAGCCGUCCUGGCGCGCCGCAACCUCACCAUGGUGCCAAUGGCGCCGAAGAGGACGUCGCUGUGGACGACAGUGGCACAGAAGGCUUCGCCGCAGCCCAGGGCCAGGGGCGCCGCCGUUCCCGUCGUUCCCGCCGUUCCCGCCGCUCCCACCGACCCCGCCGGCCCCGCCGCCCCCGCCGUCCCCGCCGACCCCGCCAACCCCACGACCAGCAACGGAGGCGCUUCCCGCCCUCCCUUAGGGCCCCAGCCGCCACUCGCCGCCCUGCCGCUUGCGCUCGCGCUCCCGCUCCCGCUGGCGGCGCUCUGCCUGCAAACCUGCCUGCGCCUGCCCCAGUCGCAGAGCCUGAGGGCGCACCACCUCGCCGGGGUCACGGCCCCAGCUACCGGAUGAGCCGCCCUAGGGGCCGAGGCACUGCCCCUGGUCCGAAGCCCUCACCCGACCUCGCCCAGGAGCUGGAGGCAGAAAAGGAGAGCGAGAGCACGAGCGAUGCCGUCGGCCUGCAGCAGGGACCCCCACCCCGCUACGCAUCCUGCCUCCCCGACAACCCGCGCCGUCGCCACCGCCCGCAGCGGCCGCCUGGUGAACAGGGCCAGAAACCUUCCGAAGGAGGAGAGGCCAAGGUCGGGAAGGGCCCUGCUAGGAAACCCGCUUGCGCCGCCAAGAAGACCGGCGCCUCCGAGGGGGGAGCAAAAACCUCCUCUGGUGCUCAGGCCCAGUAA